UUUUGGUUCUUGGGAAAAUAAGAGAUUGAGAAAGAAUAAAGAAGAGAAACUCACAACUUUUUUAGUUUUAGGAGAAGAGGGCUUUGGUCUGGAGUCACUAUCAUAUUCAAUGCUUUACCAAACUCACCUCUUCUUCUAAAUUCUCACCACUCUUCUUCUUCUUCUCAUUCACCGACAUAUCUCCUCUCUUCACUCUCUGUCUCUUCUCAUCUCAGGAAAUAAUGGAGAGUGUUGAAUUGACGUUGAAGAACAGUAACAUGAAAGACAAAACCCUAACCGGCGGCGCUCAAAAUGGCGAUGAUUUCUCCGUCGACGACUUGCUUGACUUCUCAAAAGAAGAAGAAGACGACGACGUUUUGGUUGAGGAUGAGGCUGAAUUGAAAGUACAACGAAAAAGAGGAGUCUCUGACGAAAAUACCCUUCACCGGAGCAACGAUUUCUCCACCGCUGAUUUCCACACUAGCGGGCUUUCCGUUCCGAUGGAUGAUAUAGCGGAACUUGAAUGGUUAUCAAAUUUCGUAGAUGAUUCUUCUUUCACGCCGUAUUCUGCUCCGACGAAUAAACCGGUUUGGUUAACCGGAAAUCGGAGACAUCUUGUACAACCGGUUAAAGAGGAGACCUGCUUCAAAUCCCAACAUCCGGCCGUCAAAACCAGACCCAAACGAGCCAGAACCGGAGUCAGAGUCUGGUCUCAUGGUUCGCAGUCGUUAACCGACUCAUCUUCAAGCUCUACAACAUCUUCGUCGUCCUCUCCUCGUCCUUCAAGCCCUCUAUGGCUCGCCAGCGGUCAGUUUCUUGAUGAGCCAAUGACUAAAACACAAAAGAAGAAGAAAGUUUGGAAAAACGCUGGUCAGACGCAAACGCAAACGCAGACGCAGACGCGGCAGUGUGGUCAUUGUGGAGUUCAGAAAACGCCGCAGUGGAGAGCAGGACCAUUAGGAGCGAAGACGUUGUGUAAUGCGUGUGGUGUGCGUUACAAAUCGGGUCGGUUACUACCCGAAUAUAGACCCGCUUGUAGCCCAACAUUUUCGAGUGAGCUUCACUCAAACCACCACAGUAAAGUCAUUGAGAUGCGUAGGAAGAAAGAGACUUCUGACGGUGCUGAAGAAACCGGUUUGAACCAGCCGGUUCAGACGGUUCAGGUUGUCUCGAGUUUUUGAAGAAAUUGUGGAAGGUUUUUAAAGGAGCAGAAUUAGGAUCCGACCCGGUUCAGAUUUAUCACCAGUUAGUAUGUUAACGGGUUAUGUAUGUUUUAAAUUACAAAUUUGAUUUUUUGUUUGUUAGUCGUAGUAGGUUUUUAGAUUUAGUAACUGGUUAAAACUUUUAAAACUCUUACUAUUAUAUUUGUUUUGUUUCGCAUUAAUUUUCAGAAUUCUUUUUUUCU